AUGUAACCUAUAUACUGCGAUGAUAGCGUGUGAGGUUCUUAUCAAAGAUGACUACAAGUUGGAUUGCUGGACUGAUAUUUUGUUUCAUAUGUUGCCUUGGAUCCAAAGAUCUCCCAUGCCGUGAAGCAAUAUUCAAAGUUGCGUAUACAGGGCAGCUAUUGGAUGAGCACAUAAUUUCAAGUUGUCAUGUUGAUUCCUGGUUUGAAUGUGGUCAAAAAUGUCUUGACAUCAAUGGUUGUGUGGCGUUCAGUCAUCGUACAGAAUCACGUGAUGACAUAAACUGUAAGAUUGCAAGUGAAAUAGAUGACGUGAUGAAGAACUCAGAUGAGAUUGAUACGUGGACUGUGUACAAGAUCUUGGAGGAUAAACCGGAAAUAUGCAUAAGACAAGAGCCUUGCAACAAUGGUGGUAGCUGUGUGCGAAAGUCGUGCGAACCUCGUGGUUAUUCAUGCAUAUGUAGUCAGUGGUACAACGGGGAACAUUGCGAAAAUGAAAACAGUGAUUUUGACGUCGUAUUUUCAUCACAAGACCAGAAUCUCUCGUACAUUGAGAUGGACAGCAUCAAAUCAAACCUCGAUCAAUUCACUUUCACUGCUUGGUUUAAAUUCAAGCCCGGAAUAAAGAAGUAUCACCUUCUGUCGUACAAGACUAAUGGCAACAUUGAUUUUAUCAAUUUAUUUUUUCACGCGGAUAAACAGUCAGUCGACAGAUUUACAGGGAAAAUCUUGCAACAUGCAGAAACCACCUACAUGACUCCUGUCAAUGACAAUGUUUGGCAUCAUCUCGGCUUUGUUUGGAGCAACACGAAUGGCCUCUGGAACGUUCUCAUUGAUGGAACUCCACGAGCAUUGCGAGACUCUGUGAAAGCUGGUGCCGGUGCCGUCAUUCCUGGCGGAGGAACCUUAGUAAUAGGACAACGUCAUUCUACUUCUGGCUUUAAAGAAGGGGAAGGAUUUCUUGGGCAAAUCAGUGGGUUAAAUAUUUGGAAUAAGGCGUUGACUGGAGAAGAAAUUGAAACCAUGAGCGAAUCCAGAGGAGAUGAACAGGGAAACAUAUUGAGAUGGUUUAAUGUUCUCAACAGUAUUGUUGGAAAUAUCCAGUUAGUUAAGCCUUCGAAUGCACGAAAUACAAGUAAGCAUUUUACUGGCUCAUAA